GAUUGAGACUCCUAAAUCCACAAGGCAGCUCGCCAGCCCCUGAUGCUGCUGAGCAUAGGAGCAUCGCUCUCCAGGUGUGAAUGGACCCUGAGCACCACUUGGCUUUGUGUCGGGAUGUCAUUGUCUUUACUUUUGUUCUUGUUGGAACUACCUCUGUGUCCAUAGCCUUCCUGAAAGCUGAGGUCAGGGAGUGAGUGGCAGGUUCCCAAAAGGGACAGAUACUGGGCAGUUAAAGUAUAAUGGAGGUGGGGGUUGGAGGUGGGGGGUUGGCGUUGUAGAUUCCACAAUGGACGCUCCUGGUUUGAAAAUACUGUUUUCAUGUGCUUGGGCGGCCACUAAUAUUCACAGACGUGUUGUUUCUCCUGGUGCUUAGUUGUCUGUGAGAAGACACUCUGGUUCACGAGUCUGUCUUCCCUCAGCUGUAGUGCCUUCUCUAGUCCAUGCAGCAAUUCUCUCACCCCGAGAACAUAGCAGUCUUGCCAUGGCUUCUGUGUAGCAAGUGCACUGUUUGUUUUUGUGGGGUGUAAUUGAACUGUCCAGAAACUGAAGUUAUCCCAACUGGCAACAAGCAUUUACAGUAGGUAAUAGUCACUGUACAGCUAUACUCUGAAGACCCGGAGCAGGAACAAACUCAGUCUCUCCUGCUGUAUGCUGACACGUGGAUCCUUUAUUUGACUCCGGCUGGGUGAGAGAAAUCUCCCCCAUCAAGCCAUCAAUCAGCCCUGCACUGACUCUGUUGGGUAUCCCUCAGUUAAUUCACAUCUCACACUGUCUCCCUGCCUGAAGGGGGCAUCAAGACCGUAAGGCUGAGAGUUUCCUUGCACCAGGCUAGCCCCACUUGCAGGUUAUGGGGCAGGGCCUCUAGAGCUCAACUCUCUAAUUACAGAGUGUGGUUCCCCUGAUCCUGUCUUUGAGUUUGCAUAAUUUACUAGAGUACCUCACAAUUGGGAAAACAUUCCCUUUUGUUGAUUACAUUUGCCAGUUCAUCGUAAAGUGUAUUUUAAAAUUUAAGAGAUGAAGGCAGUGAAGUGCUGAAUGAGGGCAAUCUGAAGGGACCUUCAGUCCUGGGCCAUGUGACCCCUCUUAGCACAUGGCUGGGUGUUUCUCAUUUUCCUGUAUGCUAGGCAUCUAGAGUCACUUCAAACUCUGUUCUUUUAGGUUUUUAUUAAAGCUUUUUGUAUAAACAUACUUGGAUCCUGGACUGUAAAUGUGUGAUGGGCAAGCUUCUAAACUAAUGCUAACAGACUACGUCUGUCCGCCCAGCCUCUUUAGGCCUUUCUGUGCUACAUACCUGUGCGCCUCUGAAACAGGGUCUUGAGUUUGCUGCCACAGGGUAAUCAUAGGUGGCCUGCUCCCGUACAGAAAGGCGGGGGAAGGGGAACGGACAUUUUUAAGUUCUGUCGUCUGCCUUGGAGAGGACAUUAUAUAUAAUAUUACAUGUAAUGGUGCAAGACUGUAGCAUGUCCUUCCAUAGAGACAUAGUUGGUGCAGCUUUCUAUUUCUUAGGAAGAAAAUGGAGCAUGUGUAAAGGGGGCAGAAGAUGAGAGAAACCGAGAGACGGACUGACUGACUGACUCUUGUGUAUGGCCUGAAGUCCAUAGUUAAAAAGACUCAACUUUACCCCAGGUAGCCUCUGGAACCAGGGACUAAAGGCCAGAUGCUCUAGUCUUUUCUGUUCCAGUCCUGAGGAAAGGAUGAGGGCUGCGGGCUGGCAUCCAGUAACCGAGAGCAGAGCACGUGUCUACCACUUCUCUGUCCAGCACAGCUUCACCUGUGUUUUUCCUCUCUCUCUCUCUCUCUCUCUCUCUCUCUCUCUCUCUCUCUCUCUCUCUCUCUCUCCUUUUCUUUUAAAAUUAAAUUUCAACAGACAUUUUACUUAAAACAAGUUAUCUUCCCUCCCCUCCCCACCUUCUCAGGUUCAACGGGCAGAUUUAGAGAAUGAGAUGCGUAGUCUUGGCGUGGACAUGGAUGAUAAAGACAAUGCCCACUAUGCAGUCCAGGCCAGAAGAUCUCGGAGUGUCACCAGGAAAAGAAAACGAGAAGAGUCUGUUCCUCCCUCUUCCAUAGCCCGCAGUCGCAGUCGGAGUUGCUCUAAAACGCCACGUGAUGUUUCUGGUCUUCGGGAUGUCAAGAUGGUGAAGAAAGCCAAGACCAUGAUGAAGAAAGCCCAGAAGAAGAUGAAUCGCUUGGGGAAGAAGGGGGAAGCAGAUAGGCAUGUGUUUGAUAUGAAGCCCAAGCACCUACUCUCUGGGAAGAGGAAAGCUGGUAAAAAGGACAGGAGAUAAUGUCCUCUUCAGUCGGAGUAGUUUAACUAGACCCGUGAUUAUUUCUGAGUGUGUGAUGGUGUGUUUUAUAGAAUUUGGGAUCAACAUCUGUUAACCAAAGAAACGAUGGAAAUGACUUUUAAAUGCUUGUUGCUGUGCUGAAAACUGGUAAAGCCGAGUAAGCGUGUGGUGCCGUGGCCCUGUGCAGUCAGAUGUUACCUGCAGAGCGCUCUGUACUGGAUGACGCGCUUCUUUCACAGCCAAGGGACUCAUUUUGCAGAAAAGAUGUAUUGGUGUAAGGAGGCUGCUUUGGUGGGGGAAAACUUUUGUAGUAGAUCUUUUGACACCCAAAAUACCUAUUUUUGUUAAGAAAGUAUUCCUGCUGGGAGGUCUUACAUUUAGCGUGUAUCAGAACUUAAACUACAGUCUUAAAUUAUUUUCUGCAUCUGUAGUACAAUGCAUCAUUGUAACUUCAAACAUUUUAUCCAAAGUAAACAUCCAGCAAAAACAUAGUUUUGAUUAUUUACAUUUAGUUUGCUUUAAUUGCAAGUCUCUUGAUAGCCAAAAGGAAGGGGCAGGGAAUAGGACUUUGCUUAGAGCAAAAAUAGGUUUUUAAAGGGAAUAAGUGCCUGGAUAUGUCUUCUUUCACUAACAACUGCUGGAUUAAGAUUGGUGUCCUAGAAAGUAAAGAAACAUUGAUGAGAGGGAUCCCAGUGUGGCUGGAACUACACCACAGAUCAGAAGACAGCCUUCCCACUGUCAGCGCUUCCUGUCAGUGUGACCGCUUCUGACCUGUAUCGGAAACCAGUGAUGUAUACAUGUAUUAUAUUCUCUAUCCUAAAUCAUAUGGACUCUUUGAGACUUUUUUAAAAAAUAGUUUUAUUUGUCUUGGAUAUGUCAUGUAUUUGCAUUUCAAAUGUUAUCCCCUUUCUCCCCUCUUCCAUCCCCCUCCCCAGCUUCUAUGAGGGUGCUCCCACUCCCACCCACCCACUCCAACCUCAACACCCGAGACUUCUUAUAUUGGCUUUAGUUGUCUGAUGACAUUUGAUGUCUUGAUCUAUUUUUUUAUGUGUAGAUGAUUAAAGUCUAUAAUCAUUA